AUGGACGUAGACUCCGUCAAGGCAAGUUUCGUCCUCGCCGCUGCUGGUGUCCGCUGCUUCAGCUUCGGCUCCGCCAACUGUACCCGAGCCGGAUCUUGCGCCUUCAUCGACACUUGA